AUGGAUGCCGCAGAAAGAUCGACAUGUAAUGGCGUUUUGCUGUCUGUAAUUGUCAUUUUAACUCUUUUAUUGCUUUAUUAUCUUAAACCAAGAGCUAAACUUAACAUCAAGGGAAAAUAUGUUCUCAUCACGGGUUGCGACUCUGGAUUUGGUCGUGCUACAGCCAUUGCACUUGACAAGAUGGGUGUUUGCGUGUUAGCGACCUGCUUGACAAAAGAAGGUGAACAAAGUUUAAAAUCAGAGACGAGUGACAAACUAAAAACAUUUCAGUUGGAUGUGACAAACUCAGAGCAGAUUAAAGAAGUACGUGAUAAAGUCAACAAACUGCUGGUCAAUGGUAACGCAGGUGAGUAUCCCUGUUCUAUUUUUGCUUUUCAUUGCAGGAUUGUUCACAUCAUUGCUUGUUAUCCUGUUAAUAGUAAGUUCUUUUUCCGAGGCAUUCCUUUAAUAAUUUUCAAAAACCGAAUAACAAAUACACGAGUUCGUGUCGGCCACGGUUCCUUAAGUUCUCAUUAUCAGUAUUGUUUUUACUUCGUUUCCGCGCGAAAUAUCCGUUCCCCCUGCUGGGUACCAGAGGUUUUUCAUCCAGGCUCGCCUCGACGGGUUCCUUGAGUUCUCAUUAUCAGUAUUGUUUACUUAGUUUCACUCCCUACCGCAGGCCCAUACGUGUUUGCUCGGGUCGACUUUUUCGUCGACUUGACCGAAACCGGAAACCACGCAUGAAAAGCCUCUGGCACCCAGGGUAUUCACUCCCACGAGGACACGCACCACCAUUGAGUGUGAAGCAUAAGUUUUUGCUGUUGUUGUUUGGUCUUGUUUUCAAGUUUAUUUUUAUUUUUUCUCCUGUCAAUGACUCAGGCGACUCCAAAAAAAAAAAAUCGAUCUGACUUUUCCCAACAAGGGUCGAACCCAUCACCUUUAGGUUUUAUCCUGGGCAAUAUGCUUUACCACUAAGCUACAGAAAGAGCAGCUAAGUCCACAAACAUCACUGUCAGCUGCGCUCCUAAGCAAAGGAGGCCCUGAUUCAUUCCCCUGCCACAACAUCUUUUGGAAAAACAAUGAAAAACUUGGUACUUAGGAAUGUUUAUUGAGUCAUGACCAAUAAGCCUGAAGGACUGAGCAAACCUCAAAAACACAAACUAACUACAAACCGUUGUGCUGCUUUUUUUCGUGUUUGAUGGGCGGGUUUCCUCCGCUCUUUUCCAGAAACGUUUCCGGUUUUUUUUCUACGUAGGAGGUUGUAAAAUUUAUCAACAAAAUGUGCCUCUCAAACCCCCUGAGAGGUCUAAAUAAAAUGAAUAGACCGAGUAAUUUUUACCCCUGCUCGCAAUGCGGCGAAAAACCUGCUCGCUGUUAGCAGUUUUUCUCGAAGAGGUAAAAUGUCGACUGGGUAAUCAGCGUGUACUUAAAUCAAGGAACUGGGAUUGUAAUAGGCACAAACGUUUGCAACAUGGCACACUGGGGUCCAAAAUAAAAUAGAAUCGGAGAUGGGAAUUGUACCAUCCCCUUCCAUUCAGGACAUUCCGUUUUUGCAACAGAAUUUGAUGGAUGACAGCUCUUAAAAAUGUAAUUUUUAGGCAGACUGUGGGGCCUGGUAAACAACGCUGGAAUUGUGCACAGGCUGCCAAUCGAGUGGACUCCGCUGACCAUAUAUAAAAGAACCGCAGAUGUGAAUCUAUGGGGAUUGAUUGAAAUGACCAAGACAUUUCUUCCACUUGUUAAGAGGGCCCGGGGACGAGUUGUUAACUUCUCAAGUGGUGCUGGUAAGGGGAAAAUGUUGAAAACCGAUUGAAGCGGCUAGAACACGAAAGAAGGGCAGGGGAAACACGAGAUGCAGUCGAGUGUUUCUCUUUACUUUUUGAGUGCGUGCUCUGGCCGCUUUCUAAGUGCUUGACAACAGAAUUGAAAAAAAAAAAAACAGAGCACAGUCAAGGCUUCUUUAAUUUUUUUAUGGUGAAGGAUCCGUUAAAUUCUCCACGCAGAACUUAAUUCCUAAUUUUUCGAAACAAACUUUUAGCUUCGUGUUCUAUACCCUCAUAGAGCACGCUUUUUGACCACUCAGAUUGCGCAUUAUAGCUGAACUAUAUUAGAAAAUAAGAUAGUCUUGAGAGAUGUAUCGUCUAUCCCAGGACUUUUAUUAUAAUUGUUUCUUUCACCUUACUUCGAUUCUUUCCUUGAGUGACAAACAAAGAGGCCUUUUUGUCCACCGUAAAGGCAAGUGGACUUUAGGAAAAUGUAAAAUAAAUACGAAGGGAACAAGAUUUUCUUUGUUAAGUAAGUGGCUUCGCCUUUUGUGUUAUAGUCCCCUAGAUUCUUUUCACAAUUGCACAAGCUGCCUAUGAUCUUCUCUACAUUUUAAAAAGAUUCAUCUAGUAAUAAGAAGCAGUCUUCAAAGGACUGCCAUCUUAAUUCUAAUGUAUGAUUUCAUACUUUUAAUAAAAUACAGGUCGUUUCUCGGUGCCAUUUGUGUCAGCAUACAGUAUAACCAAAUAUGGCGUGGAGGCGUUUUCAGAUGCAUUAAGGCGAGAAAUGUAUCCGUGGGGAGUGAAAGUGAGCAUUCUGGAACCUGGUGCAUUUCAGACCAACAUGAGUCAGCCCUCCCACGUUGAAAAAAGUUACAAAGCUAGUUGGGAGAUCCUGGAUGAUCAGCUAAAGGAAGAAUACGGAGAGAAAUUCUUGAAUGAAGGUAUAUCGCCAUUCUGAAAAUUGUACUUUACAGUUUAGAAAGAAAUGCGGAGAUGCCAAUGAAUAUUAUUUACUUGCCAACAAAGUUUUCUUCAGGUAACAUAAAUAGUGGCAAAUUGCUGUACUAAAUAAAUUCGUUUAAUUGAUGAAGAAUCUAGAAUGUAUUGUUAUUCCAGAAUGAGGUAAAUCAGUCGGUCGAACGCGGCACCAUAAGCAAUGGUUUUAUUCCUCAAGUCAUCUUGCCAUAAUUCUUGACACUGUAUCAAGAAACACUUUGUACCAAGAAAAACUCCUAAGCUGUGAUUUGCAAGAACAAAGAAAAUGUGUCAAGGAAGAAAAGGCCUAGUGAUGGAGGUACAGAAAAAACCCGCGAGCAAGAACCUGCAUUUUCUCACGUUAGCCUUAACGGUUCUUACAUAAAUAUGGUGAUUAACAAUGAUUUAGGCUUUUUGGUUUCUUAAACAAGGAUAUUAUCUUGUGAAGAUAAAAAAGGUACAUCAUAGCAGAAAGUAUUCAAUUGUAUUCAGCUUGUUCCUUAAAUAAAAUCUGCAUACAAAAUUAGUAUUUAUGAAAAAAUGACUAUAAGAAGAAGAACAUGCAACUGAAGCACUGACAACAUGAAUUUUGAAGUCCACUUUCCGAACCGAGAUAACAUACACUUAUUGCAAUCCCUUUUCCCAUUACACGCAGCUCUAACAGCUAAUUAAACUCUGAUACAUUAAUAAUAACGUUAAAUAACACUUUGUAAUCUCAUUUGCUCAAGUGUGAAGGAUUUUGUUGAUAGAUUUUAGAAAAUAAGAACCUAUUUAACAUUUUAGGCUAAACAGGUUCUUGAAAAGAGCGGGCCUAUAGCUAACCGGCAAUUUUUAGGCUAACAUGCAAGCUCUUAAAAACCAUGUCUUCUGUUGAAGGCUUCCCUUCUAAGGUCCUCUGUUGCCUUGUUAACCUAAUAACUGUUUGAAAUUUUAACGAGAAAUUAAAUUAGUGAAAGUGAAUAAACCGGGUUUAAUAAUAUGCAAAACCACAACUUUCACAGUUUUUACGAAUCAAUGAGUCCAGUGACACAGAAACUAAAGGGUCAAAAAAAGAUACCCUAUUUAAGGUCCAUACCCUAUUCCGCGGCACGUACCUAUAUAAGCACUCCCCCGGGGAUCAGUGACUUUUCUAAAAGCAAUGAAAUUGAAGAAACAGAAGCUAAUGAAAGUUUUUUCUUCCUAGUGGUUAAGUUGUGGACAGAGUUUCCUCAAUCUGAUCGCCUGUAUUUAGUUGUGGAUGCUGUUUUGGAUGCCUUAACGUCACAAACACCGCGUGACCGUUAUGUGGUUGGUUCAGAUGCUUGGUUUGGAAUAGCAAUGGUGUCCUGGCUACCAACCUUUGUGGUGGACUCAAUUAUUAGAAAGUUGUUGAAAACGGCAUUGCCCAAAGUGGUUCGAAUAGACUAGCCAUGUAGAAACGCUAUUUCUGUAGCAGUGAUAGUUGUUUUGAUAUUUAAUGGAGAUGAAGCCAUUUAACUGUCAUUAUAUAAAUCUACAUUCAUCACGAUCAUCCUUAAAGUAGCUUCUUUACAGUUCUUCAUCUGAAAAUAUAUAGCCUAAUUAGAAAAUAUAGAAUAUAGAAUACUCGUAGAGAAAUUGUGCAGGUUGGAUCUCCCACAAGAAUUAUCAAUUGGAUCAUAGAUGUCUUUUCUGGUUAACUCUCUGCGUACUGUUACUCCUCGUGGGGCGCAGUGCCGUGCGGGCUCCCUUAGGGAACAAAACUAGACCCAUGGCUAUUUCUUGUACUUAUAAAUGAUUUAGAUUCUGAUCAUUUAGCUAAUGUAUGGAAGUACGUUGACGAUACGACGGCAUCAGAAGUCGUUACCAAGGGCAACCGAAGUUGUGCCCAGGAGAUCGCGGAUAAGGUUGCGGAGUUAUCUACGUAGAAUAGAGUCAAACUUUAUAAUAGCGACAAGUGUAAGGAGCUCACUAAGGGUAUCUUUUGUAAAGGAUGAACCCCGGUUUGCGCCUAUUGUAGUAUAAGAUAAUGAACUAAAGAAAGUGACAAGCUAGUGCUAAACUUCUAGGUCUGACCAUAUCGAGCAACCUUGCGUAGAAGGAUCGGCAAAUUUUAGCGGUGACAUAAUGAAGAAAGCGUCGACAUGGUCGAAGCGUCUGUAUUUUUUAGUGCAGCUAAAGAGAUCAAGAGUUCCUCGGCAGGAUAUGUCCACUUUUUACACUGCUUCUAUACGCUCUGUUCUUACGUACGCAGCACCUGCUUCUCUAUGCCUUUCCAUAGUACCUAAGAGACGAGUUGGCACGAGUGGAAAAGCGGGCAACGUCUAUAAUAUGCCCAGGACUGCCCUACCAGGAGGCUAUCCAACAGGAGAACAUUCUCCCUAUUGUAGAUUUCAUCAUAGGGCUAUGUAAUAACACUUUCGACAUCAUUGUAAAGGACUCUAUAUUAAACACCGUCUGAACAGUUUAAUACCAUUCAGUGGUCCGUCACGUUAUACUAUAAGGUGCAACACGCGCUUCAUCUUACCUAAAAGCAAGACAGAUCGUUUUAUCAAUAGUUUUAUUAUUAGAUCCUGUAUUGAUAAUAAAUAGACGUAGAUGUUUAGACUUUUUAUCACAUUUUUCAGACUUUUAUAUUUCCAGCACUCAGUUUUACGUACACAUUUUAUCACUUGCAUCAUUUGUAAAUACGCAAUUCAGCCCUCGGGCUGCAAAGUAUUGGUAAUUAAACUAUCUGUCUAUCUAUUUAAUUGUUAUAGGUUAUUAAAAGGGUAAAGAUCCUUAUUUUAGGUCGGUAACUCGUAACUUUAACUGACAAAUCUGAGGCCGACCAUGCGCUCACUUUACUCCCCUUCCCCCCUUCUUUCUCGCCCCUUCUCUCCAUCAGUGCUACCUUUUACCAGGUUAUAAGGUAUAAAGCUAUUUAAGCUACACAGAAGGGAAAGGGGUCGAACAAGGACAUGUGAUCACACCUGGGAAAUAAACUCGCGCGAUCGGACUCCCCCCCCCCUCCAAAAAAAAACUGAUAACCAUUGUUUCCAAUUUCUCCUGGGCCUGGGUAUCAAUCGAAGACAAUGGUGACGCACAAUUGGGGGGGAGGGGGGAUCGCUUAGGAUGAGUGAGAGAUCAAGACGCUAAAGAACCUGGGAAGUCUGUGAUCGUAAAUCUAGUAAAGCAAAUCCGUAUACAACAAUAUCGAGAGUGAUUAUUUGUCGGAAACCCGUUCACGACAGCGAUAAGUUAACCAGAAAAGACAUGCAGCGAACAGCUUUUAAGAGAAAAAAAACACUAUAAGUUAAAAAAAAACCAUUAUUCGACAGAGACUGAUAGAGAUGAUCAAUAGACGAUCAUGUCUAAUUUAGCAGCGGAAGUUGCAAAGUUAACAACUCAUCCAUUGAUGAGUGGAAGAAAUGUUUUGGUCAUUUCACAUCCAACUGAAAUGUUCUCAGAGUGUCGCUCGUCGCUGAUUUUAAACUCUGUUCUCCUUCUUUUGUCAAAAAAGUCGCCAACACAUAAACUCCCAUCUUGUCAAGUGCAAUAGGGACCUUAAGAUCCGAGGACGGCGACGGCAAUGGGAACGCCACAAAAGCAAUAGGUUUAAUUAGCAAAACAACUAUUUUGCACGUGUAUCACGCUUUUUUGUACAUUUCUUUGCUGUCACUGCACGACUACGACGUGAAAAUGCCUAAUUUCCCGAUGUACAAAAGUACAAGUCGACGAAAUUUCCUCUCUCUUUCUGAACUUGAAUAUGGUUCUUAGGAAUUCAACUUUAGGAGGGUUCCUCAACAUUUGACUUUGGAGUAAUCGCUAUGAAGAUUGAAAGAACGCGAAUUCACUUUUUCAGCGACGUUUUCUCCGCCGUCGCCGUCCUAGGAUCUUAAGGUCCCUAAUAGCUGUAGCACGACCGAAUCCAGAGUCGCAACCGGUAAUGAGGACAUACUUUCCAUUUAUGUCAAGUUUAGCUCUUUGGUGAAAAUAACAAAAUAUCAAAAGGGUGAAAAAAGGCCAAUCAAAGGCAGUAAAAUCCAGCUAAUCGACGAGGUUUCAGCGGCGGCGGCUGAUUCAUGGUGCAUACUGACUGUCUAAUUGCGACGUUCGAAAGUUGAAUACCUUACUGAUAACGGUUUUGGCCGACUGGACAUGUGAAACUAAUGAAUCGGGGGUAGAAGCGGAAUCAUUUGAAUCGGCUUGAAUUCAUGAUUCCUUUCGAUUUUACCUCAAUGGUUCAUGAUUCCUACAAGAAUUUUCUUAGAGAUUCAUGAUUCACGAAGACUUUUGAUGACCUAUUCAAUAAAUGAAUUUCUCAGAGGCUACUUUGUCUGGUUUUGCGUUGUUUUUUUGGUGUUCAAACUUCUGUUUUCAUCCAGAAUUAUAUAGAUUUCUGUUUCUCUGUAUCAUCAUUCGUUUUGUCCAAAUAUGGAGUUUUUUGUCACUGAACAUUAAGCACCAGCGUCACUGGAGAAACAAGCGGACUAUCAGCCUCGAGGCACGAAUUAUAAUUAUGGGGGGGUCUGGGGGCAUGUUCCCCCGGAAAAAAAAACUGAAAUUUGGACUUGCGGAAACGCCAUAUCCUUCAAUCCCUGGAUCGAACGCAAUUAAUUCAUACCUAUUUUGUUGCGCUUUUCUCAGAGACUCGUUAUUCAUGAUUCCCCAGCCGAACUGACAAAGAUUCAUGAUUCCCCAGUUUUAAAAACAAAGAUUCAUGAUUCCUACAAGUUUUGUAACUAUGAUUCAUGAUUCAUGAUUCCGCUUCCAAAGCCACUGCAAAGAAAGUACCUAAAUAGGGGAAAGAUAUUAAUCUUAAGAAUCUUCUUUAAAAAUGAAGUGUUGAUAUGGAAACUGAAAUUAUUUGUCCUUUUAAAGGUUGUCUUGUUCAAACCUAAGUAAAUACAGGUGCUGAGAAAGGACAUAAUGUAUUUUCCCUUUGAAUAUAAUUAGAAAUCGAUACACUUGAUUAUCGCUCAGUUCGCGCAACUUUUCAGUGGCAAGGUAAAGUUAUAAAAAAAUCCUGAAAGAACCUGAAUCAUUCUGAGUACUGACUAAGCUCGAAUGAAUUUAAAGUCGCAAACCGUAAAAAAAAAACAUACUUUCCUUUGAUGUUAAGGAAGUGACCAUUAGAAAACUUGUCGGGGGCGGGCGAAGUACAAAAAAAAUAUUUGCAAGGGAAAAUUAAAAGAAAAAAAAUUCAUGCACGCCAAUUAACCCUAAAAAAUAUUCAUGCUAUGGCCUAAAAAAAAUUCAUACAAGGAAUUUGAUAACGAAAAAAAAUUCCUGCAGCUCAAAAAUUCAUAACUUUUGUAAUAGUCCGUCCCUAAUUUGAGCUCUAGGUUUUGCUCGUUGAUUGAAUGUAAAAACAGCCGCUUGUUAACAUAUCCUUCUUAACAUGCAGAAUGCCAAGUCAAAAAGAUAUGUGCAUAAUUAACGAGCGGUUAACAACGGUUAGCGUGUCGAAUGAAUGAAUGAAUGAAAACUUUAUUUAACUGUCUAUGUUUUUAGCUAUAAGCUAAUGGGGUACACUGUAAAAUAAUAAGUUAAUUAAUACCAGAUACAAAUCACUAAAAAGUAAAUAUAAAAGAUUGCGUGUAGAUUACAUAAUUAUGUACAAAAUUUGUUAAAAAGCCUAAAACGCCUAAAUAUUUACAAGAGUCGAAAGGUCACCUUUUCUAAUGUUCCUCUUAAAGGAGGUCAGAGUUUCUAUCAUUCGACGUGUCUUGGCAACUUCUGACUAUGGGUUCCACAGAAAGCUUGCCGUCUAGUUUCAUUUUGCUGCCUGUAAUUGGCAUUUUAAGUUUUUUUUUCUUUUAUCAUUUUAAGCCAAGAGCCAAACUCAACAUCAGAGGAAAAUAUGUUCUGAUUACUGGUUGCGACUCUGGAUUCGGUCGCGCUACAGCCAUUGCACUUGACAGGAUGGGUGUUUGUGUGUUAGCGACCUGCUUGACAAAAGAAGGUGGACAGAGUUUAGAAUCAGUGACGAGCGAUAACCUGAAAACUUUCCAGUUGGAUGUGACAAACUCAGAGCAGAUCAAAGAAGUCUACAAUGAAGUCCGGGAGCUGAUGACUGAAGAGGGUUAGUAACUGUUUACGAGGUUUAAACCUUUCGCUUUUUGCUGCGAGAUAGAAGAAAACAUGGCUGGAGCUCGAGUUUAUUUUAAAGGCUUUUUAAAAUAAUUUCCAGUGCAUUCUCCCACAAAAAUGUUCUUGAUUUUAAUAUGCUCUUUUUAGUUGGACUGUGGGGCCUGGUGAACAAUGCAGGUAUUGCAUAUGUAAUGCCAGUGGAAUGGACUCCGAUGAGUAUAUUCAAACGUACUGCAGAUGUUAAUCUGUGGGGAAUGAUUGAAAUGACCAAAACAUUUCUUCCACUUGUCAAGAGGGACCAGGGACGAGUUGUGAACAUCGGAAGCAUGGCAGGUAAGGGAAACAAGUUUUAGCUGUUCAGCUGAUCUUAUCUAUCUUUGCCUUUAUAAAAAGGCAGGGGAUGGCUCCAUCUCCACGCGCGCAGGUACCAUGGUCUUUGCAAACCCCAACAGAUUUUGGGUUCUUUAGUUUUCAAUAUGUCGUUAAGUACAUCUUGUGGCUCCGUAAAAAUAUAAGAUACAAAAUAAGUUUUCUGGAAAACGAUGCACCGACAAAAAAUUUAAAAAAUUCUUAAAUAAAUAAUAUACAAAAUACGCAAUUUCAAAUCAGUUCAUUUUUUGAAAUUACCAUUUUUAAUGUUUUCCGUAUAUGAUCCUAAAGUUCAAAGUAGCAAUGAAUAUCAUCAGUCAAAAAUACCAUUUCUUGUAAGAUACUAAACUAAAUUUUUAGGAAAAUGAUGUCACGACCAAAUAAUUAAAAAUAAGUUUGUUUCUUAAAUAAAUAAUGUACAAAAUAUGAAAUUUCAAAUCAAUUUAGAUUUCACCUUUUUAGUAACCAUGAGGCUGACGUCACCAGUGUGAUUUUUUUUUAUCAAAAUUUUUAAAUUUCAAAUUGAUAAAGAAGAACAUAAGUCUGAUAAUGUUUCUAUCUAUAGGUAUCAGCUGAACUGAAACUGGGUCUUAAGUACGCGAGCCAUGGUCGAUCUUAUGACCCUUUAUUGUCCGGCCUGCAGAUCAACAGAUUGGCGCCGCUUAUGCAACUGAGCUAAUCAGGCGACGGUUUGACCUGUCGGAAAGUGCAAAUUCCUGACGGUGAACCUGUGGUUAGACUGCAUAGCAGGCGCUUGCUAGUAAUAAGGGCGUAAGAAAGAACGGGGAGCGCAAGGGGGACACGCGAGGGAAAUGAAUGACCGCUCACUUGUUUCCGUUCGCGAGUCCCUUUCUAUAACUUCCAAGCGCCUGUUGUUCCCGACUCUCAUAAGCGACUUAUUUUCUCUUGGUUUGAUUCAUUAGUGGUUAAUUGAAAUGACGCACGACAACCAUAUGGGCGUCCUCUUUCACAUCGAAAGCCAGCGAGUAGCGGAGUUCGAAAAACGUGAAGGGAAAGCAGGAACCUCCCCGCCUCCAAAAAUUAGAUCGAAUGCGCCGGAAAACUAAUAACUGAAAACUUUUUUGUUAUUGCCUUCUGAUUUCUGAUAUAUUUUUUGCACUUUAACAAAACACACAGGUCGUUUGUCAUUUAACUUCUUGUCAGCCUACAGUAUAACCAAGUAUGGUGUGGAGGCUUUUUCAGAUGCACUGAGACGAGAAAUGUAUCCAUGGCGGGUGAGAGUGAGUAUACUGGAACCAGGUGAAUUUCAAACAGAUAUGCAUCAGCCCUCCAAAUUGGGAAAAUGUUUCAAAGAUGGCUGGGAAAACCUGGUUGACCAGCUAAAGGAAGAAUACGGAGAGGAAUACUUGAAUGGAGGUAAACUCCAGGGCAAACCGAGAAUUUAUAAGUGAUCUGAUUGUUCAGAAUUCUGCUUACUAAAAAGAUGUCAUAAUUACAGCUUAAACUGUAAUUAUGUUUAAAAAUUGUCCCUAAUUAAUACUGACCUAAAGUUUAAAGGGGCCGGGUAGGACGCAGAUUGCGGUUUGAAACUUGCCCUAUGCGAAUUACGCGUAUGAGGUCACAAAGUGUUACAGUUCUGAUAGAUGAAGCGUUGUGUUCGCGUGACAGGAGUCUAUAUGCCUUCGUUACGAGGAAUGUUAGUGUAGAGAGAUGACACGUUUAGGGUGACAAGAAAAGCAUUUUCGGGUAUCUGUCCAAGGAAUUCGAGUUUGUUGAGCAAGUGUGUAGUGUCUUUUAUGAAUGAAUGUGUAGUAUGUACCAGGGGUUUGAGAUGAUGGCCUGCAGUUGUAAAACACGUUCAGUACAUGGCUUUUGCUGGAAACAAUGAGGCGGCCAGGGAUACCCGUCUUAUGUAUUUUGAGUAAAAUGUAGAAACUUGCGGGUUUGGGGAUAGUCUGUAUCAGGAAAAAUGGGUCCUUGCUACCAAAAUUGAAUUUACAAUUUAAUAUUGAUAUGUAUGACAUUGCAGUUUGGUUGGGUACGGGCAAUGGAGGGGAGUGCGAGUUAACAGCGGCGCUAACUAAAGAGGAGAAUGGGGCGGAAACAAAGAGAAGGCAACAUGGGCCGGUGAACAUGGGUUUAUGGUUUUUACUUUUGUCGCGGUUUUUCUGAUAAUUUGCGCAUUCGACAAAGAAAACCGCCAGCAACGCAAGCUAUUUUAUAUGCGAAGGCGCAUAGUUUACUUCCACUUCCGUACGCGCUUGCAAAGAUCUGGGUCUCGUAACGUCGAAAAGGACGACGAAACCGUAAACAAGGAAUUAUGGUCCGCACAUGAUCCUCCCCAAUAAUGAAAGGUUUUUAAGAUGUGCCAAAAGCGGAGUAAUGGCGCCAUCGUAGUACUUGUAUCAGAUAUUGACUUGAGUUGAUAGAAACUGAUGUCGUUGUCAUGACUACUAACAUCAGCCUUCUUGUUUUUAGUGGUUAGGCAUUUUACCGAGUUACUUCCUUCUGAUCGCCUGUAUUUAGUGGUGGAUGCUUUAGUGGAUGCUCUGACGUCACAAGCACCACGUGAUCGUUAUGUAGUUGGUCUGGAGGCUCAGCUGGCGAUACCAGCGGCGACCUGGUUACCAACGUCUGCUGUAGACUUGAUUCUACGCUGCUUGUUUAGCGUAAAAAUACCAAAACCAAAAGGAUGUCGAAACUCCUAG